UUCAUCAACAUUUGCCGCUUGGGUCGGCAGCUGUCAACGUUGUGUUGACGUUUUGUCGGUGAAAGAAAACUAUUGCUUGAUUCAUCAUCUUUUGGAAGAAGGCAUUGCCAUGGCUAAAAAUACGUCCAGCUCUGCGUUCCGAAAAAUCGAUGUCGACCAGUACAAUGAGGACAACUUCAAGGAAGAUGACGCGGAUCAGGCUUCCAGUGGGAUGAUAGUGCCGGAUGAAGCGGAAAUCAACUCACUUCUGAAUCAGGGUCGCAAUAUAGAUGCCCUGAAAACCGUCCUUCAAAAUGCACCGCUGAUGUGCAAAAACCAGCAAGUGAAGGAUAAUGCGCUAAGCCUCACGUUGCGUGUGCUACUAUCCAUUAAAUCGUCCCAAAUCGAUGCCGCCAUCGAAGCACUGGAUGAUCCGGAAUUGUGCGACGUGCUCAUGAAGUACAUUUAUCGCGGAUUCGAAAUUCCCUCCGAAGGAUCAAGUGGCCAUCUGCUAACCUGGCACGAAAAGGUGUUCGCUAAAGGUGGCGUAGGAAGUAUCGUGCGAGUGUUAUCGGAUAGUGCCCGAGCGUAAAUCGCCAUUAGCCAUUCGGGCAUCGUACCAGAAAAACAAGUCAUUUGUCAUCUUUUCGACAGUCCUUACUUCCUUUAGAUAGCACAGAUUUAGCUAUGUUGCUGUCGCUAAAUAUGCGAACUUUUUCAGUACAUUCUUUCCUCAACCUGCCGGCCAGAUAUGGUAGCCGUUUGUGGAUGAGGUUUAUUUUGAAUUUGUUAAAUAAAUAGGCGAUAUACUAACAGAUAAUGAAAUUAAUUUUUUACAUGCAUUAUAAGCAUGUAAUCGAGUAUUGAUGAGAAAUUAUUAAUAUAAGAAGCUAUUUGAAGCACAAUUUAUCAUGCUGCUCAUGAAACACUUUUCUCAAAGAGACGCAAUUUAUUUUAAUGCAACAAGCCUAGGGAUUAAAUUAUUUAUUACAAUCUGGUGUGCUUGAAGUAAAAUUUAAUCUAAACGUUUAAUUCAGAAACAGCGUUGGACUUUUUCCGUUCAAGGGGUAAAACUCAUCACGCAAUUAAUUAUUCUCAAUAUUGUAUAUGUAAAACAUUAAACAACAAAACUGAAUCAUCUUACCGCUUGACUCGACGUAGGUUUUGUUCGGAUUAAUCAACGUUUGUUGUUUUUAUUUAUGCUUCAGCUCCAUGUUCUUUCCUUGUCAAGUGAAUAGAAAGAUAACGGCUAGAAAGUGUACAAUAUUUUGGUUUUGUAUUAUUCCAGCAAACCAGCAAACUGUCUUUUAAUGUCCUCCUAAUCUCUUUCUACAGAGUUUAAACAAAAAAUGCACAAUCACAAUGAAAAGGCGUCAAUUAUAGCACCACACGAGUGCAGUUUUAACAAUACAGACAAAAAACAUACAUUAUUCAUAUCAGAAAUGCAGCUCCCAGACUUGUGGUGGACCGUUUUCUACCGUGUACCGAUAUUUUGCUAACUAGAAUUUUCGAUUGUGCUGACCCCCGGAAAACUCACAAAGUACGAAAGCAACUGAGAUUUGAGUGCGUUUCUAGUGCGAAUAACGGUUUAAAAUUUCGAGGCGAUUUACCUUUCUGUCCAUAAUUUCAAUUUUUCGAAUCGAGAGAGCGACAUUUUCGGAGGAAACCGAAGUAGGAAUGGUCCAGAACUUGAACUGGACGGGAUAGGAAUGGAAUCUGUUUCACUGAACCGUGCUUCGGCACACACUAAAUAGCAUCCGGAUGGUAUAUUUGAACUAGCAAAAGCAUUUCCGUCAUUCGUUCGCAAAACUGCAGCAAGUUAUGCGUCGAGUUCGCUUUCCAUUCUUCUACACUGCAAUACAUUAUUUGAGUAAUAUUAAGACAUAGAGGA